UAUAUACCUUUAAACAGUGUGCUACGAACCAAGCAUUUGAGUAGUUUUGUUUUAAGUUACCAAAAUGCGACUCUACGUUGGUUUUCUAUCGGUUUUGGCCCUUACUUUUAUGCUUGCGUUAGUCACUUGUGCUGAUUCACCUGGAAAGUCCCGAAACCGAGAAGAUCGUUUUGAUUUAGAGAACGAGAACGAGAGCUUUAAUAAUCAAGACAGUGACGAGCUGACUGCGUCAUGUGAAAGUACGGAAAGUGUGGAAGUCGAUAGCUGUGGUCAGGAGAAAAAUAAAUACCCCACGAGAAAGACAUUCAAAUUCGCUAUAUAGUUAUAACUUGCUAUAAUACCUCACUCA